CAUCUUGGUCUGCCCCGUCUCCCCCUGCAAGUGACAACUUUCAGGGGAGUGCCCAUCUGAAAUGUUCUCUGAUCUCUCUCUGGCUGGGCUGAUUGCCUCUGAGCAGCUGAAGGAGCUGCUUUGAGAGCCUCGGCAGUGGAGCGGAAAUUGUCCUCCCCUGUCUCCAGUCGCCCCUUCUUGGAGCCCUCCGUUUGCACUGAAGACUUUCGUUUGGGAGCCAUGGCUAUUCUGGGAUGAGGUCGACUCUGCUGGGGACAGGGGCAAAGCCAAGAAUGGCGGCAAGAUGAAUGAAGAAAUCUCCAGCGAUUCUGAGAGCGAGAGCGUGGCUCCAAGGAAAACAGAGGAAGAGGAGGAGGAGGAGGAGCUGGAGGAGACUGCGCAGGAGAAGAAGCUACGCUUGGCCAAACUCUACCUUGAACAGCUCAGGCAGCAAGAGGAGGAGAAGGCUGAAGCCCGUGCAUUUGAGGAGGAUCAGGUGGCGGGGCGCUUGAAGGAGGACGUGCUCGAGCAGAGGGGCAGAUUACAGAAAUCGGUGGCAAAGGAGAUCCAGGCCCCAGCUCCCACCGACAUUCGAGUUUUACGGGGCCACCAGCUCUCCAUCACGUGCUUGGUCAUCACUCCCGACGACCUGGCCAUCUUCUCCGCCGCCAAAGACUGCACCAUCAUUAAGUGGAGUGUAGAGAGUGGGCGGAAGCUGCGUGUGAUUCCUCGAGCCAAGAAGGGGAUCCAGGGGCAGCCUUCAGGCCACAGCGGCCACAUCCUCUGCAUGGCCAUCUCCUCUGAUGGCAAGUACCUUGCCUCUGGUGACCGCAGCAAACUCAUUCUAAUUUGGGAGGCCCAGAGCUGCCAGCACCUGUACACCUUCACUGGACACCGCGACGCUGUGUCGGGACUGGCCUUCCGAAGAGGUACCCACCAGCUCUACAGCACUUCCCACGACCGCUCUGUGAAGGUGUGGAAUGUAGCAGAGAACUCCUACGUGGAGACUCUCUUCGGGCACCAGGAUGCUGUGGCUGCAUUGGAUGCCCUGAGCCGAGAGUGCUGUGUGACAGCUGGGGGCCGGGAUGGGACUGUGCGGGUGUGGAAGAUCCCAGAGGAAUCCCAGCUUGUCUUCUAUGGCCACCAGGGCUCCAUUGACUGUAUUCAUCUGAUCAAUGAGGAGCACAUGGUGUCCGGUGCGGAUGAUGGCUCGGUGGCCUUGUGGGGCCUCUCCAAGAAACGGCCACUUGCCCUCCAGCGGGAAGCUCACGGGCUGCACGGGGAGCCAGGCCUGGAGCAGCCCUUCUGGGUGUCAUCAGUGGCAGCCCUACUCAAUACAGAUCUUGUGGCCACAGGCUCCCACAAUGCCUGUGUGCGGCUUUGGCAGUGUGGAGAGGGCUUCCGGCAGCUUGACCCUCUUUGUGACAUCCCCCUGGUUGGUUUUAUCAACAGCCUCAAGUUCUCCAGUGCCGGGGACUUCCUGGUGGCUGGAGUGGGACAGGAGCACAGGCUUGGCCGAUGGUGGAGGAUCAAGGAGGCUCGGAACUCAGUCUGCAUCAUCCCACUCCGCAGAGUCCCUGCGCCCCCUGUUGCCGGCUCCUGACACAUCCUUAUUUAAGUACUUUCCAGCACCCCGCCCCCCUUUUGUAUUAAAACCUUCUGUUUUA